UUGAUCUAUGUCAUUUCCUGUAACUUAUAUUUAUUUUCGGUGUUACUGUCAAUUAAAACCAAGUUAACCUUAAGAAAGUAUUUGGAAUAUAACACCUAUUUCUACAUACUCAAUACUAACGUCCUGAUCGGGGUCUUUAUUAUGUACAUCAACUGUAAGUACGUAAAUCUGAAUAAGGAGUUACAAAUCAUUUCCGGAGAUACAGCAAACUUGAAUAUAAGAGAUGUAGGGAAGCGGUUUCGAUUGAUGUACAGCGUAGUGGAGCAAUUCAAUUCACUCUUUGGAUGGCACAUUCAGUAUUUGGUUUUCUUGUUUAUCGUCAGUGCAUUGAGUUUUUUUAAUUGGAUCUUGUUCGGGAGCACUAAAACCAUACCGGAGUUGCUGGUUUACCUCUUUGGUAUGAUUUAUCUGUUAACAGGUGUGUCAGUUUUAAUAAUUCAGUCACACAAAGCGAAAAGUUCUGCAAAGAAAAUCGUCCAAACCAGUCUGCGAUUGCAACAUCAUCUACCUCAGUACUCGCCAACUAGGGAAGAACUGUUCAGAUUGUGCGAGAAGGCUGCGAUGUUCGAGCCCACUUUCACAGCCGCCGACUUUUUCGUUCUGGAUAAAUCUACGAUUCUUUCAAUACUAAGCACCAUCACCACUUACUUUAUCGUUGUUGUACAAUUCAACAAUAUCCAUCUCCAGUCAUAAUGUGCCGAAAUGUUCGUUCACUCAGAAAUAUUA